AUGACACUUGAUUUUUUCACAAGUUUGGGUUCACUACUUGAAACAAUAUGUAAAGCUAGUAAUGUUGAUGAUGCUGAUCAUACUUUUGAACGUUUGCCUGAUUGUCUCGUCAUUGAUAUUCUUAGUAGACUUCCAUCACAUUCUUUUCUUAGAUGUCGAUGGGUUUGUAGGCAUUGGAGAACCUUAUUAGUCUCAUCACAAGACUCUUUUACCAAUAUACAUGAUCUAUCUAGACAUACUAGACCUAUGUUUCUCAUACGUGAUGAUUUUGCCAAGCAUGAUUUCGCGAAGCAUGGACAGGAUCUUUUUGUUUAUGGUGAAAAUGAAAACAAGAAGAUUAAGAAGAAGAACAAGGUUGCGUUUGAAAAACUUCAUCUCAAACCUGAGCUUAUGAUUAAUAAGAACUCGAAAGAAGAACCUAAUCUUUUAUAUUCUUGUGAAGGAGUUCUUAUGUUUGCUUCAUCGAGGUGGAAAUCUACUUAUUAUAUUGUCAACCCUAUAACACAAGAAGAAUUAACACUACGAUGUACACUUCAUCCACAUUUCGUAUGUGCUCUGUAUUUUUGUCCCUACACAAGACAAUUCAGAAUUCUUUUUGCAGAAGUACAAGGAACUUCUUGUCAGUAUUUCGUACAUAUUUUAAAGAUGCACAAGUGUAAGGAAAUUCAUUCAUCAACCUCUUUCAACUUUUUGUCAAAAAAUGGCAAUCCUGCAGUUGUUAAUGGAGCAUUGCAUUGGAUAACCUUUCACGAUUUAAAAAGAAAAAAAAUUGCUCCUUGUGAAAACGGAAUUAUGGUUUUCAGAAUGGAUAAAGAAGAGUUGUUUACUAUGCCUCAUCCUGUAAGUAAUCACAAUGUUUGUAACUCAAAACAAGCGCAUUUAGCUAUGACACUUAUGGUGAAGGAUGAUCGUUUAUGUUUCUGUAACAUGCUUAUCCCCUGGUAUAUCGUGGAUAUGUGGCUCUUGGAGGACUAUGAGACGCAGUCAUGGAUCAAACGGUACAAGAUUAAUCUCUUGAAUGAGAAGAUUUUUCCUUUUGGUAAGCGUCUCAGUGAAAUUAGAAUCAGGUGUGCGUGGGAUCUAAAGUUUUUGUACAUCCAAGAAGGUGAACUUUUGAUUCACUUGUAUGUUGAUUAUGAGUUGUAUCUUUAUAAUUUAGAUCGUAGAACAGUGAAGAAACUUGAAUUGCCGCGAGGAAAAAUGCUGUCCUAUACUGAUUGUAAGCUUUAUCAUAAGAGUUUUCUGGCAAUAGUCUAAGUUUAGUGUAUUUCCUACAACUUUAU